AUGUUGCGCUUCACAGCUGGCAGGCUGCUUGUCGGAUUGUUCUUUUUGGGUUUUUUGCACAGUUUGGUGGUGGUUCUUCCAGCACCAAUAGAUGCUCCAAAAACCUGCAGCCCCAAGCAGUUUGUUUGCAGGGAUCAGGUGACGUGUAUCUCAAAAGGUUGGCGGUGUGACGGGGAGAAGGACUGCCCGGACGGAUCGGACGAGGCCCCAGAUGUCUGUCCUCAUAACCGUGUGUCGCGGUGUCCUCCUAAUGAACAUCAGUGUCUGGGAUCAGACUUGUGUGUUCACAUGAGCAAGCUGUGUAACGGCGUCCCCGACUGCACUGAUGGAGGAGACGAGGGGGCGCACUGCAGAGAACUGGCGCUCAACUGUACUCUCACUGGUUGCCAGGACAACUGUGCUGUCACACGCACCGGCGCCAUGUGCUACUGCAAGAGCGGCUACGAGAUCAGCCAAGACGGAAAGACCUGUAAAGAUUUUGAUGAGUGUACGGUGUACGGCACCUGCAGUCAGACGUGCACAAACACAGACGGCUCGUACACCUGCUCCUGUGUGGAAGGUUAUCUAGUUCAACCAGACAACCGCUCCUGCAAGGCCAAGAACGUGCCUGUGGAUCGUCUCCCUGUCUUGCUGAUCGCGAACUCUCAGAACAUCCAGAUCACGUCUCUGAGUGGCUCCAGCAGCCCAUCACUCUACAUAAGCACAAAGCAGACCACAGCCAUGGACUUCCUGUACGCGCAGGAAACAGUGUGCUGGAUUAACGUGGGCGACUCCCCCGCGGGCACGCGACUGAAGUGUGCUAAGAUAACAGGCCUCAAGAGCUUCACAGAUGAGAGAACCAUCAACAUCUCCCUCAGCUUACACCAUGUAGAACAGAUGGCAAUAGACUGGCUCACAGGAAACUUCUACUUUGUUGAUGACGUGGAUGAUCGAAUCUUUGUAUGUGAUAAAGAUGGAGCCACAUGUGUAACACUGUUGGAUCAAGAACUCUACAACCCUAAAGGCAUUGCUCUGGACCCAACUAUGGGAAAGGUUUUCUUCACUGACUACGGGCAGAUCCCAAAGGUGGAACGUUGUGACAUGGAUGGACAGAACCGAACAAAGUUGGUGGACAGUAAAAUUGUCUUCCCGCAUGGUAUCACCCUGGACUUGGUCAGCAGAUUGGUCUACUGGGCUGAUGCUUAUCUGGACUACAUCGAGGUAGUGGACUAUGAGGGCAAAAACAGACACACCAUCAUUCAAGGACUGUUGAUUGAGCAUCUUUAUGGGCUCACAGUGUUUGAGAACUUUCUAUAUGCCACAAACUCUGACAAUGCCAACAUGCAGCCUAAGACCAGCGUGAUCCGCGUCAAUCGAUUCAACAGUUCAGAUUAUCAGGUGGUCACCCGUGUCGACAAGGGAGGAGCUCUACAUGUUUACCACCAGAGACGCCAACCCCCUGUGCGGAGUCACGCCUGUGAGCCAGAUCAGUUUGGAAAAGCUGGAGGUUGUUCAGACAUCUGUCUGUUGGGCAACAGCCACAAGAGUCGGACGUGUCGCUGUCGGUCUGGCUUUAGCCUGGGCAACGAUGGCAAAUCGUGCAAGAAAAGGUUUGAAAUGAGAGGGUGUGAAUACAGCAAUCGCACUCAGGUGCUGAACACACAACCGUACCGAGACACAGCUGAAGAGGUGGUCUCGGUCCGCUUCCAAGCGAACUCUGCCAACCCGUCUUACAUUCCCCCUCCGCAGUGUCAGCCGGGAGAGUUCGCCUGUAAGAAUAACCGCUGUAUUCAAGACCGCUGGAAAUGCGACGGAGACAAUGACUGUCUGGACAACAGCGACGAGACGGCUGAACUGUGCCAUCAGCACACAUGCCCUGCAGACCGCUUUAAGUGUCAAAAUAACCGCUGUAUCCCAAUGCGUUGGCUGUGUGAUGGAGACAACGACUGCGGCAAUGAUGAAGAUGAGUCUAACACCACAUGCUCAGCUCGGACGUGUCCGCCCAAUCAGUACUCGUGCGCCAGUGGCCGCUGUAUUCCCAUCUCCUGGAAAUGUGACCUGGAUGAUGACUGUGGGGACCGCUCCGAUGAGCCUGCAUCCUGUGCAUACCCAACCUGUUUCCCGCUCACUCAGUUCACCUGCAAUAACGGACGCUGUAUCAACAUCAACUGGCGCUGUGAUAACGACAAUGACUGUGGUGACAACAGUGAUGAAGCCGGCUGCAGUCAUUCAUGCUCCAGCGCUCAGUUUAAAUGUAACAGCGGUCGCUGUAUACCCGACUACUGGACCUGUGACGGAGACAACGACUGUGGUGACUACAGCGACGAGACCCAUGCCAACUGCACUAACCAGGCAACCCGUCCUCCCGGUGGCUGUCACACAGAUGAGUUCCAGUGUCGUGUGGACGGGUUGUGUAUUCCCCUCCGAUGGCGGUGUGAUGGAGACACUGACUGCAUGGAUCUGAGCGAUGAGAAGAACUGCGAGGGUGUAACACACAUGUGUGAUCCAGCAGUAAAGUUUGGCUGCAGGGAUUCUGCACGGUGUAUCAGUAAGGCUUGGGUAUGUGAUGGGGACAGCGAUUGUGAAGAUAACUCUGAUGAAGAUAACUGUGAGGCGCUGGUGUGUAAACUCUCCCAUCACGUGUGUGCUAAUGACACCAGCAUUUGUCUGCCCGCUGAGAAACUGUGUGAUGGCAAAGACGACUGUCCUGAUGGUUCCGAUGAGAAACUCUGUGAUCUGUGUUCUCUGGACAAUGGUGGCUGCAGUCAUAACUGCACAGUGGCCCCGGGUGAGGGCAUUCUGUGCUCGUGCCCACUGGGAAUGGAACUGGGCACUGACAACAAAACGUGUCAGAUCCAGGGCUUCUGUGCCAAACACCUGAAGUGCAGCCAGCGCUGUGAACAGGACAAGUUCAAUGUGAAAUGUUCCUGCUAUGAUGGCUGGGCCCUCGAACCUGACAUGGAGAGCUGCAGGAGCACAGAUCCAUUUAAGCCCUUCAUCAUCUUCUCCAACCGUCAUGAGAUCCGACGGAUUGAUCUGCACAAAGGAGAGUUCAGCGUGUUGGUGCCAGGCCUGAGGAACACCAUCGCACUCGACUUCCACCUCAACGAGAGCUCGCUCUAUUGGACUGAUGUUGUUGAGGACAAAAUUUACCGUGGAAAGCUGUCAGAGAAUGGUGCGCUGACAAGUUUUGACGUGGUGAUCCAGUAUGGAUUAGCUACUCCUGAGGGUCUGGCUGUAGACUGGAUCGCUGGAAACAUCUACUGGGUGGAGAGUAACCUAGAUCAGAUCGAAGUGGCCAAACUGGACGGGACCAUGCGCACCACUCUAUUAGCUGGAGAUGUGGAGCAUCCGCGGGCCAUCGCCCUGGACCCCAGAGAGGGAAUCCUAUUCUGGACAGACUGGGAUGCCACAAUGCCCAGGAUAGAGGCUGCAUCCAUGAGUGGACAUGGCAGACGCACCAUCCAUAAGGAGACGGGCAGUGGAGGAUGGCCCAACGGACUGACUGUGGACUAUCUGGAGCGCCGCAUUCUGUGGAUAGAUGCCAGAUCUGAUGCAAUCUAUUCAGCCAAGUAUGACGGGUCGGGACUGAUCGAGGUGCUCAGAGGACAUGAGUAUCUCUCGCAUCCGUUCGCUGUGACGAUGUAUGGCGGAGAGGUUUACUGGACAGACUGGCGCACAAACACACUGGCCAAGGCCAACAAAUGGACAGGAAACAAUGUCACUGUGGUUCAGAGAACAAACACGCAACCUUUCGAUCUGCAGGUGUACCACCCCUCUAGACAACCGCAAGCGCCGAACCCGUGUGCUGCUAACGGUGGUUUGGGCCCAUGUUCUCACCUGUGCUUGAUCAACUACCAUCAGACGUUCUCCUGUGCCUGCCCACACCUCAUGAGACUGAGUGAGGACAACCACACCUGCUACGAGUCGCGUCAGUUCCUGCUGUACGCCCGUCAGAUUGAGAUAAGAGGAGUAGACAUCUAUAAUCCAUACUACAACUACAUCAUCUCCUUCACCGUCCCUGACAUCGACAACGUCACGGUUGUGGAUUACGAUGCUCUGGAGAAGCGCAUCUAUUGGUCUGAUGUUCGGACUCAGACCAUCAAGAGGGCCUUCAUCAACGGCACAGGAAUAGAGACGGUGGUGUCUGCAGAUAUUCCCAACGCACAUGGUCUGGCGGUGGACUGGGUGUCACGUAAUCUCUUCUGGACCAGCUAUGACGGCAAUAAGAAACAGAUCAACGUCGCCAGACUGGACGGCUCCUUCAAGAACGCUGUUAUUCAGGGCCUGGACAAACCCUACUGCCUCGUGCUGCAUCCCAUACUGGGGAAACUAUACUGGACUGAUGGAAAUAACAUCAGCAUGGCCAACACUGAUGGCACGAACCGUACCAUGAUCUUCACCAAUCAGAAAGGACCAGUGGGUCUGUCCAUAGACUACGACACGGAGCACCUGUACUGGAUCAGCUCAGGAAACAGCACAAUUAACCGCUGUAAGCUGGACGGAUCAGGACUGGAGGUGUUAGACGCGGUCAAAGGCAAACUGAACAAAGCCUCUGCGCUGGCUAUAAUGGGGGAUAAGCUGUGGUGGGCGGAUCAGGGCACGGAUGAGAUCGGCACCUGUGAUAAGAGUGAUGGAGGAGACUGGAAGGUCUUGAGAAACAGCACGUCUCCCAUGAUGCACAUGAAGAUCUACAAUGAGACCAUGCAGACAGGUUCAAACAUGUGCAGUAACAACAAUGGUGACUGCUCUCAGCUGUGUCUGCCCACGUCUCCCACCAGCCGCUCCUGCAUGUGCACCGCGGGAUACAGCCUGAGGACCGGACAGCAGUCCUGUGAGGGUGUGGGCUCUUUCCUGCUGUACUCUGUUCAUGAGGGCAUUAGAGGAAUCCCACUAGACCCCGCUGACAAAUCCGAUGCCCUUGUACCGGUUUCAGGAACAUCACUCGCCGUCGGGAUUGAUUUUCAUGCCGAUAAUGACACCAUCUAUUGGGUUGACAUGGGUUUGAGCACCAUCAGCAGAGCUAAGAGAGAUCAGACGUGGAGAGAGGACAUCAUCACUAACGGCAUCGGUCGUGUGGAGGGCAUCGCUGUCGACUGGAUCGCCGGAAACAUCUACUGGACGGACCAGGGCUUUGAUGUGAUUGAGGUUGCCAGAUUGAAUGGCUCGUUUCGAUAUGUGGUCAUCUCCCGAGGACUGGACAAACCUCGGGCCAUUGCUGUACAUCCUGAGAAAGGGUAUCUGUUCUGGACGGAGUGGGGACAGUAUCCACGCAUAGAAAGAUCUCGUCUGGAUGGAUCUAACAGAGCCGUGCUGGUGAACGUCAGUAUUAGCUGGCCCAACGGCAUCUCCAUUGACUAUCAGGAGGGUUGGCUGUACUGGUGUGACGCGCGCACGGAUAAGAUUGAGCGCAUUAACCUGGAGAGGGGCGAGAACAGAGAGGUGGUGCUUUCCAGCAACAACAUGGACAUGUUCUCCGUAUCUGUGUUUGAGAGCUACAUAUACUGGAGCGACCGGACUCAUGCGAAUGGUUCAAUAAAGCGUGGCAGUAAAGAUAAUGCAACUGAUUCAGUAAGUCUGAGGACAGGCAUCGGCGUCCAACUCAAAGACAUCAAGGUCUUCAACAGAGCGCGACAACAAGGAACUAAUAUCUGCAAGAACAACAACGGCGGCUGCCAGCAGCUGUGUCUUUACCGUGGUAACGGACAGCGAACGUGUGCAUGCGCUCACGGAAUGUUAGCCGAGGACGGUCAGAGUUGCCGUGACUACGACGGAUACCUGCUGUAUUCAGAACGCACGAUACUAAAGAGCGUGCACUUAUCAGACGAAUACAACCUCAACGCUCCCAUCAAACCGUUUGAAGAUCCCGACCACAUGAAGAACGUCAUCGCGCUAACGUUCGAUUACCGCGGAGGCGGCGGAAAAGGAGCCAAUCGGAUCUUCUACAGCGACAUCCACUUUGGAAAUAUUCAGCAGAUGAAUGACGACGGGUCAGACCGGAAGACCGUGGUCGAGAAUGUUGGGUCAGUGGAGGGGUUGGCGUAUCAUCGGGCCUGGGACACUUUAUUCUGGACCAGUUACACCACAUCCACCAUCACCCGUCACAGUGUGGACCAGAGCCACUGGGGGGCUUUCGACCGGGACUCUGUAGUCACCAUGUCAGGAGAUGACCACCCACGGGCGUUCGUCCUGGAUGAAUGUCAGAACUUGAUGUUUUGGACCAACUGGAAUGAGCAGUCGCCCAGUAUCAUGCGCGCCCAGCUGUCCGGAGCCAAUGUCCUGGUGAUCAUCGGCAGUGACGUCCGCACUCCCAAUGGACUCGCCAUUGACCAUCGUGCCGAGAAGCUCUAUUUCUCGGACGCUACGCUUGAUAAGAUUGAGCGCUGCGAGUAUGACGGCUCCCACCGUUAUGUGGUUUUGAAGAAUGAGCCAGUGCAUCCUUUCGGUUUGGCUGUGUACGGUGACCACAUCUUCUGGACAGACUGGGUGCGCAGAGCCGUCCUCAGAGCCGACAAAUAUGUUGGUGGAGACAUGAAGGUGUUAAGAGCUGAUAUUCCACAACAGCCAAUGGGGAUCGUCGCUGUGGCCAAUGAUACAAAUAGCUGUGAGUUCUCGCCCUGUCGGGUGAAUAAUGGAGGUUGUCAGGAUCUGUGUCUGCUCACAUCAGACGGACGGGUCAACUGUAGCUGCCGCGGAGAGAGGAAACUGCUGGAGGACAACACCUGCAUAGCUCAGAACACGUCGUGCAGCAGUAUGGAUGACUUUGAGUGUGGGAAUGGAGACUGCAUCAAAUACACGCUCACCUGUGAUGGCAUGGCCCACUGCAAAGACAAGUCAGACGAGAAGCAGUCCUACUGCACUAACCGCGUGUGUAAGAAGGGCUAUAAGCGCUGUGUGAACGGACGCUGUAUCGGCCACAGUUCCUGGUGUAACGGGCGAGAUGAUUGUGGGGAUAACUCCGAUGAACUCUUCUGUAAUGCAACCCUGUGCACGGCGGAUCAGUUUCAGUGCAGAGACAAAUCAUGUGUGUCAAACUCCAGUCGCUGUAACCAGGUGCUGGACUGUGAGGACGCCAGCGAUGAAAUGAACUGCUCGGCCUCCGAUUGUUCCAGUUAUUUCCGUCUGGGUGUGAAUGGCGGGACCUAUCAGCGGUGUGAGUUCACUACGCUGUGUUACGCUCCAUCAUGGGUCUGUGAUGGCGCAAACGACUGUGGAGACUAUUCAGAUGAGAGAAACUGCCCAGAUAAGAAAAAGAGAAAGUGUCCAUCAAACUUCUUUGCUUGUCCCAACGGUCGCUGUAUCCCUAUGAGCUGGACCUGCGACAAGGAGAACGACUGUGAGAACGGAGACGACGAGGCGCACUGCGAUAAGUUCUGCUCGGCGACACAGUUUGAGUGCGGGAAUCAUCGCUGUAUUUCCAACGGCUGGGUGUGUGACGGGGCAGACGACUGUGGAGACGGAACAGAUGAGGACAGCAGAUGCAAGAAUAAGACGUGCAGUGCGGACGCGUUCCACUGUCCCGACUCACACAAGUGUGUCCCGCAGCGCUGGGUGUGUGACGGAGACAGAGACUGUCCAGACGGAGCCGACGAGAGCGUGAAGGCCGGCUGUGUGUUCAAUAACACGUGUAAAGCGGGAGAGUUCAUGUGCCAGAACAGACAGUGCAUCCCCAAACACUUCGUGUGUGACCACGACAACGACUGCGGCGACGGCUCCGACGAGUCUCUGGAGUGCGAGUAUCCUGCAUGCAAGGCCAAUGAGUUCCGCUGUGAUAACGGCCGCUGUCUGAUCCAGAAAUCCUGGGAGUGUGACGGAGAGUUCGACUGUCACGAUCACUCAGACGAAGCUCCCAAAAAUCCUCACUGCAACGGGCCUGAAAAGAAAUGUAAUGACACGGCGUAUGCAUGUGGGAACGGUAAAUGCAUCAGUGAGACGUUACUGUGCAAUCACGAUGAUGACUGUGGCGACGGUACAGAUGAGCUGAACUGCUUCAUUAAUGAAUGCCUGAACAGUAAACUGAGCGGCUGCUCUCAGCAGUGUGAGGACCUGAAGAUCGGAUUCAAGUGCAGGUGCCACAAUGGCUUUAGACUGAAGGAUGAUGGGAAGACGUGUGUAGAUGUGGACGAGUGCUCCACCACGUAUCCCUGCACACAGCACUGCAUCAACACACACGGCAGCUUCCGCUGUGUGUGUGUGGACGGCUUCCAGCUCAGCCCCUCCGACCCCACCGUCUGCAAGUCCACCUCCGACGAGGAGCCAUUCCUCAUCUUUGCUAACCGGUAUUACCUGAGGAAGCUCAGCUUGGACGGCUCAAACUACACACUUUUAAAGCAGGGUCUGAACAAUGCUGUUGCGUUGGACUUCGACUACAGGCAGCAGAUGAUCUAUUGGACGGAUGUGACGACUCAAGGCAGUAUGAUUCGACGCAUGCACAUCAACGGCAGCGACGUUCAGGUUCUCCAUCGCACGUCUCUCAGCAACCCUGAUGGUCUGGCUGUUGAUUGGGUCGGGGGUAACCUGUACUGGUGUGAUAAGGGGCGGGACACUAUUGAGGUGUCGAAGCUGAACGGAGCAUACAGGACGGUGCUGGUCAACUCGGGACUAAGGGAACCCAGAGCCAUAGCUGUGGACAUCCGCAAUGGGUACCUGUACUGGUCUGACUGGGGUGAUAAUCCUCAUAUCGGCCGCAUUGGGAUGGACGGCAGCAACAGAAGUGUGAUCAUACAGGACAAGAUAACAUGGCCCAACGGUCUCACUCUGGACUUCAUCAAUGAUCGCAUCUACUGGGCAGACGCCAGAGAGGACUACAUCGAGUUUGCCAGCUUAGACGGAUCCAACAGACAUACAGUUUUGACUCAGGACAUCCCGCACAUAUUCGCCAUGACUCUUUUUGAGGAGUACAUCUACUGGACCGACUGGGAGACCAAGUCUAUCAACAGAGCUCAUAAAACACUGGGCACCAACAAGACCAUGCUGAUCAGCACCUUACACAGACCCAUGGACGUCCACAUCUACCACCCCUGCAGACAGCCAGAGGUCACAAAUCACCCGUGCCAGACAGACAAUGGCGGCUGCAGUAACUUGUGUCUGCUCUCUCCGGGCGGAGGUUAUAAAUGUGCCUGUCCCACGAACUUCUACCUGGCCGCUGAUGGGAAGCAGUGCAUGUCCAACUGCACCGCCAGCCAGGUGACUGAGUUUAAAUGCAGACCAGGUCAGUUCCAGUGUGAUACUGGGAUCUGUACAAACCCAGCGUACAUCUGUGACGGAGACAACGACUGCCAGGAUAACUCUGACGAGGCCAACUGCGAUAUUCACGUGUGUUUGCCCAGUCAGUUUAAAUGCACCAAUCCCAGUCGCUGUAUUCCUGGAAUAUUCCGCUGUAACGGCCAAGACAACUGCGGGGAAGGAGAGGAUGAGAAAGACUGCCCGGAAGUAACGUGUGCACCCAACCAGUUCCAGUGUGCCAUAACCAAGCGCUGUAUCCCACGUGUGUGGGUGUGUGACCGUGAUAAUGACUGCGUUGAUGGAUCUGACGAACCCGCCAACUGCACUCAGAUGACAUGUGGUGUGGAUGAGUUCCGCUGUAAAGACUCCGGUCGCUGUAUCCCAGCUCGCUGGAAAUGCGACGGAGAGGAUGACUGUGGUGAUUCUUCAGAUGAACCCAAAGAGGAGUGUGAUGAGAGAACGUGUGAGCCAUAUCAGUUCCGCUGUAAAAACAAUCGCUGUGUUCCCGGCCGCUGGCAGUGUGACUAUGACAACGACUGCGGGGACAACUCGGACGAGGAUAAGUGUGUGCCCAGGCAGUGCUCUGAGAGCGAGUUUGCCUGCACCAGCGGCCGCUGUAUUGCUGGCAGAUGGAAGUGUGAUGGAGAUCAUGACUGUGCUGACGGGUCUGAUGAGCACGGCUGUGAUGUGAAGUGUGAUAAUGACCAGUUUCAGUGUAAGAACGGUCACUGCAUCCCAUUCCGCUGGAGGUGUGACGCCGAUGCCGACUGCAUGGAUGGCAGCGACGAGGAGAACUGCGACACUGGAGUGGGUCGAUUCUGCCCUCUGGAUGAGUUUCAGUGUAAUAACACUCUGUGUAAGCCGCUGGGCUGGAUGUGUGACGGCGAGGACGAUUGUGGAGACAAUUCAGACGAGAACCCAGACGUGUGCAAGAGAUUCCAGUGUCCUCCCACCAGACAGUUCCGCUGCCAUAAUGACCGAGUGUGUCUGCCAGUGUCUAAACAAUGUGACGGUGUUGACAACUGUGGAGACAACAGUGAUGAACUCAACUGCCAAACUCCUGCGCCUGUGGUCUGUGGAAAGGGUGAGUUUACCUGCAGCACUGGAAAGUGUAUAAGCAUUAACCUACGCUGCAAUUUCUUCAACGACUGUGAGGACUACGGCUCUGAUGAGAUCAACUGCAACAAGAAAAAUUCAGGUCUAAAUGAAUGCCGUAACAACCACAGUAUUUGUGAAGAUGAAGGUCACUGUGUGGUGAAUGGAACCGACUGGUUCUGCUCCUGCAAACCCGGCUUCCAGAAAACACACCCGCAAACCUGCACAGAUGUGAACGAGUGCAAGCAGUUCGGGAUCUGUUCUCACAUCUGUAACAACACUAAAGGCUCUCACAAAUGCAGCUGCUACAAGAACUUCAUUAAAGUGAACGACACCUGCAAGGCUGACAGCAGUGACAAACAGGCUCUGUACGUGGCAGAUGAUAAUGAAAUUCGCAGUUUGUAUCCUGGAAUGCAAACCUGGAUAUAUGAGCAGGCCUUCCAAGGAGACGCCAAUGUACGAAUCGACGCCAUGGACCUGCACAUCAAAUCCAAACGGAUCUUCUGGACCAACUGGCACACGGGCAGAAUCUCAUCCUUCGAGCAGCCUUCUGCUGGACCCGCCUCGCCGAACUCAAACCGCAACCGAAGACAAGCCGAUUCCAGAGUUACUGAUCUAGAGAUCCCUGGCCUGAAGAUGCCUCGUGGGAUUGCUGUGGACUGGGUGGCCAACAACAUCUACUGGACGGACUCGGGUCGUGAUGUCGUCGAGGUGGCGCAGAUGAACGGACGGAAUCGUAAGACGCUCAUCUCGGGCAUGAUUGACGAGCCCUACGCCAUCGUGGUGGACCCACCGAGAGGCACCAUGUACUGGGCUGACUGGGGAAACCACCCUAAGAUCGAGACGGCUGCUAUGGAUGGCACUAUGAGAGAGACGCUGGUACAUGAAAACAUCCAGUGGCCCACAGGUCUAGCUGUGGAUUACUUCAAUGAGCGACUGUACUGGGCUGAUGCCAAACUCUCUGUUAUCGGGAGCGUCAGACUGAACGGAACAGAUCCGGUCAUAGCUGUCUCCAGUGUUAAAAACAAUUUGCACCAUCCUUUCAGUAUCGACAUCUUUGAGGAUUUCAUAUACGGUGUGACCUAUCACAACAACUUUGUCUUCCGUGUCAACAAGUUUGGCAAGAGUGCAGUGGAGCAUCUGACCACAGGAAUGAACCAUGCCACAGAUUUGGUCCUGUUCCACCCUUACAAACAGCCAGAGAUGGCCAACCCAUGUGACAGGAAGAAGUGUGAGUGGUUGUGUCUGCUCAGCCCCAGCGGCCCAGUCUGCAUGUGCCCCAACGGCAGAAUACUGGAUAAUGGCACCUGCGUGGAGGUUCCCACCCCAACGCUGUCCCCUGUCUCUCCGAGUGGCCCCUGUAAUCUGCUGUGUCUAAAUGGUGGAACUUGUGUCCUGAAUGCCAGAAAACAACCCAAGUGUCGCUGUCAGCCCAACUAUGGAGGAGAGCGAUGUGAGCUAAACCAGUGCAGAGAGUACUGCCAGAAUGGAGGAACGUGUACCGCAUCACCCACAGGAGCUCCGACUUGCCGUUGUCUGGCAGGCUUCACAGGACCCAACUGUAACCAGCGCACAUGCGAGAACUACUGUAAGAAUGGAGGAAACUGCACAGUUAAUCGUGGAAACCAGCCCACCUGCAGCUGCCCUGCAGACUUCCUGGGAGACCAGUGCCAAUAUCGGAUAUGUGAUGGAGUCUGUGUUCAUGGAGGGACAUGUAUGCAGUCCAGCGAUGGGUCGAGACAAUGCAGCUGCCCUCCACGCUUCAUCGGCAACAACUGUGAAGUGGACAAGUGUCACUAUUGCCGUGAUGGAAAGUGUAUUCCCACCAACAUCUACCAGCCGCAUGGAGAUGUUACAUGCAGGUGUACCAGUGGCAAAAUCCAGCCAAGCUGUUAUACAUGUGAAGGAUACUGUGCUAACGGGCAGUGCUCUCUUAGUGCCACAAACCUCCCACAGUGCAAAUGUCCUCUGGGAUGGGAGGGUCAUCGCUGUGAGAAUCCUGCUCCCAAUGUAAAUGCUGAAUCCAGUGGCCGAACAGCUUCAAUAGUUAUUCCAUUGGUUUUACUGAUACUGCUGGUGUUGCUGAUUGGAGGAGCAGUAUUAUGGUACAGGAAAAGAAUGAGAGGGCUUGGCAAAUCCCGCUCCAAACGACCGCGAGCCAAAGGCUUUCAGCAUCAGAGAAUGACAAAUGGCGCAAUGAAUGUUGAGAUUGGAAACCCAGCCUAUAAAAUUUAUGAAGGAGAGCAAGAUGACGACGUUGGAGAAUUGUUGGAUGCUGACUUCACACUGGAUCCUGACAAGCCGACCAACUUCACGAAUCCUGUGUAUGCUACUCUGUACAUGGGAGCUCACAACAGCCGCAACUCCCUGGCCAGUACUGAUGAGAAGAAGGAGCUGCUAUCACGGGGCGACGAGGAGCCCCUGGUGGACCCCCUGGCUUAGACUGUCCAUCAGUUUGGUCCAUACAUGGAAAAUACCAUUUGCCUUUUUGAGAAAAAGAGAAAAAGAAGAAAGAAAACCAAUGAUUAAGUGUUAACACUGUAUAAAAUGUACAAAAUGAAGGACUACUUUUGUAUGUGAUUGCAGUAUUAUAGUUUGUUCUUUUACAAUUCCUCUGGUCACAACAAAACACCACAACAACAAAAGAUACUUUUUUUUUUUUUAACAAGAAGAUGCCGUUUUUUGUCGCAAUUUUUAGGUCACCUCCCCUCUACCUUAAUAGCCACUACCUCUGUGCAAUAUGGAGUCAAAUAAGGAAAAAAAGAGAGAUUGGAACAAUUACAUUUUUUUAUUUUUGUAUGAGAUGUAUAGAGAAAAAUGUUGUUCCAUCAGUAAUGCCAAUUGUUUGUUGUAUGUUUGACUGUGGCGAGGGAAACUUUGACAUGGAACCAGUGUUGUUUGCUUCAAAUUUACUACAAUAUCAAUCAGAAGUUAUCAAUUUUAUGUGCCAGUUUUACUACUCCCAUUGCAAGUUCUGAAUUAUUCAUAACGAUAAUCGAUUUCUUGUGCACAGAUCCAAACCAUCGCAAUAUUACAUAUGCUUAUUACAGAACAAUUUUUACACAACCAUUUGUUUUUAAGUGAGAAUGUCAGUGUUGUAGAUUUGGACACACUUGACAGAAAUGUUUUCAUGAUCUUAAAAACCGUUUGAUCUAAAGGCUUCUGCUUAACUGCUUGAAAUUAGUUUUAUAGACAACAAUAAAUUGUGCCUAUGUAUGAAUCUCUUUACAAAACUAAAAAUGCUUUGUUAAAAAUAAAAUGAAACGUUGAGUUAGAAAGGAUAGUAAGAGAAAUGCAGCCACCAGGAGUCCAGUGCAUAUGAGAACUCCCUCAGUAUUGUUUGAAUUAAGAGUGAAGAAUAAAAAACGAACAUAGUGUGCAGAGCUGGAAUCUAGACAACAUAACAGUUUUUUGGUCACUACAUAAUUCCCAUACUUCAGUUUGAUUUUAGAUUAAUAGUAAAGAAUGAGUAGGUGUGUCCCAACUUUUGACUGGUACUGUAUUUAUUUUCAGAUGAAUGAAGUAAAGCAUGAAUAAUUGAAAGUGAACAUUCUUGUAGAAAAUUAGAGAGCUACUUACAAGGAAAUCCCAAAACAAUCAAAUGCACAUUUGUGCAUUGGUUGUAGUGACACAUUUGAGCGCCUUUAAAGCUGCACAUACUCCUGAAGAGGGUUUUUGACAGAAGAAAGUGAAUUUUUACACUUGUUUAUAAUUGUUUUUAAAAUGUCACAGUUAAAAAUGAAAAACCGGUGUUCUAAUAUUGACACACUUUCAUAUUGUCUUUUGUAAUCUGCCUCUGAAAUAUACCAUACAUCAUGUUGCUUUUACUUUUAAAAUGUACGCUUUUUCCCUAAGUAAAUCCAUAUUGUCCUACUCAGCUUGUUGCUGACAUGCUGCUUUUGUCAGAAUCAUUAGCUGUAAUGUAAAACGAAAGAAAAAAAAAA